CUAACCGUCAGCAAAUCAGAUCUCUCUUUCGCACAAAUGCAAGUUCUCUGGUGCGUAGGAGGCAAAACCACACAACUUCACCUUCUCUGUAAACUGACUGAGAGCCUGAGAACAUCACUGAGCGAGCAUGGAAGAACUCGACUUCCUCUUGGAGCAGUUAGCGCAAAACUCUUCCCACGAUGACCUGGGUCCAGCAGCUAUCUCUCAGGAGAGCGCGGAACAACCCGGAAAGAGUGAAGCAGCCGGCACUCAUGGCCUGAUCACACCUGUGUAUAUUUCUAAACUCCCUGCCAAGGGCUCGACCAAUGACCAUGUGUACAGCGAGGUUCCAGACCCGGUAGAGGCCCUCUUGAGUCCCCGUUCGGCCACUCGAGAGCUGGACUCCCUCAUGCAGGGACUACUGGGCCUGGAUUUAGAGCUGUCCGACUCACCCACUGCAUCAGGCCCCCCGCCUAUUAUUCCGAAAUCCCAGAAGGAGAAAGAGAGGAAGGAGACGAAGGACCCGGGCGAUGGACCCGCGGUCGAAAGCAAAACCCUCGCUGCGAAAGAUUCUGAUCAGGCACCCAAGAAGACGAAAACAGCCGGGGACACCAUAGACGACCUCCUCGGGGGCCUGAGCUCGGACAUGGAGAGGAUGGGCGUGCGCACCUCGGCCAAGGGGCUCUGCGCUGCCUGCGGCAAGUGCAUUGUGGGAAAGAUGAUCACAGCUCUUGGAGAGGUGUGGCAUGCUGAACACUUUGUGUGCACCACGUGCGGGAAAGAACUGGGCACGUGCGGCUUUUUCGAGAGGGACGGCAAACCCUACUGUGAGCAGGACUACCAGAAUCUCUACUCCCCACGCUGCGCGUACUGUAAAGGGGCCAUUCUACAGAACAUCCUGACCGCGCUGGACAACACCUGGCACCCAGAGCACUUCUUCUGUCAGCACUGCGGGGAGGUUUUCGGGAACGAGGGUUACCUGGAACGCGACGGGAAACCGUACUGCUGCAGGGACUUUUACCGGCUCUUUGCACCAAAGUGCUCUGGCUGCGGGGAGCCGGUGCAGGAGAACUACCUGUCCGCCGCCAACGGCACCUGGCACGCCGACUGCUUCGUCUGCGCGGACUGUCUGAGUCCGUUUCGGGACGGGUGUUUCAUGGAGCUGGACGGGCGCCCCCUCUGCUCCCUGCACUACCACUCCCGGCAGGGCACCCUGUGCGGGGGCUGCGGGGCGCCCAUCUCCGGCCGCUGCAUCUCGGCCCUGGACCGCAAGUUCCACCCCGAGCACUUCGUCUGCGCCUUCUGUCUGCGUCAGCUGAGCCAGGGCAUCUUCAAGGAGCAGGCCGGGAAACCCUACUGCGGCGUCUGCCACGACAAACUGUUCCUGUGAGA